GCUGACGAGCCCGACUGAGGGCCGAAUAGAGCCGCUCGUAGUACGCCCGCGGCAUGGGGCCGGGGCUAGAGCGUCCGGCCGAGCCGGGCACGAGCCGCGCCGCCCAGCUGGAGCCGCUGAAGCAGCGCGCGGCCGAGCGCAUCGACGAGGCGGCCGAGCGCCUGGGCGCGCUGAGCCGCGCCAUCUGGAGCGCGCCCGAGCUGGCUUACGAGGAGCACCGCGCGCACCGGGAGCUCACCCGCUUCUUCGAGCGCGAGCCCCCGGCCGCGUCGUGGGCCGUGCAGCCGCACUUCGGGCUCGCCACCGCCUUCCGCGCCGAGUGGGCGCCGCCGGGGGCCGCGGCGGGGCCGGGCGCGCUGCAGCUGGCCUUCCUGUGCGAGUACGAUGCGCUGCCCGCCCUGGGCCACGCCUGCGGCCACAACCUCAUAGCCGAGGUCGGGGUGGCCGCGGCGCUGGGCCUGCGCGCCGCGCUGGAGGGUGUCGCCGCGCCACCGCCUGUCAAGGUCAUUGUCCUGGGGACCCCUGCAGAAGAAGACGGUGGUGGCAAGAUUGAUUUAAUUGAAGCCGGUGCUUUUAAAGACCUCGAUGUUGUUUUUAUGGCUCACCCGUCCCAGGAGGAUGCCGCCUAUCUGCUGGAUGUGGCCGAGCAUGAUGUUACUGUGAAAUACUAUGGAAAGGCAUCUCAUGCUGCUGCUUACCCUUGGGAGGGAGUCAAUGCCUUAGAUGCUGCAGUUCUCGCCUAUAACAAUCUCUCUGCAUUAAGACAACAGAUGAAGCCAACCUGGAGACUUCAUGGUAUAAUAAAAAAUGGUGGUGUAAAGCCCAAUAUCAUCCCCUCUUACUCUGAAUUAAUCUAUUAUUUACGUGCACCCUCGAUGAAAGAGCUUCAGGUUUUGACCAAAAAGGCAGAAGAUUCCUUCAGAGCCGCAGCUUUGGCUACAGGCUGCACAGUGGAAAUUAAAAGUGGAGCACACGAUUAUUACAAUGUUCUUCCCAAUAAGACACUGUGCAGUGCAUAUAUGGAGAAUGGGAGGAAGCUGGGAAUAGAAUUUAUCUCAGAAGAUGCAAUAUUGAAUGGGCCUUCAGGCUCUACUGAUUUUGGAAAUGUCAGUUUUGUGGUUCCUGGGAUUCACCCGUAUUUUUACAUUGGGACUGAUGCCUUGAACCACACGGAACAGUACACGGAAGCUGCCGGUGAGCAUGCGGUGUGGAUGCUCAGGAUUCUCUCCCUCUGCCUGCUGGGGUCAGAAGAAGCUCAGUUGUACACCUUGCGUACAGCCAAAGCUCUGGCAAUGACUGCCCUGGACGUCAUCUUUAAGCCUGAGUUGCUGAAAGGAGUCAGAGAGGAGUUCAAAUCGAAGCUUCAAGAAGAACAGCUUUUAAAUAGACCAGCAUAGAAGGAGGACUUAGGGACUGCACAGGAAGCACUAAAUUUUGAUGUUUGUUUUUCCCCUCUAAAGCUUUUUCAAUGCAACAGGAUAUAGCGAAGACACUAAUGGACUUUGUGAUAUUUCAGGCAUUGGUAUGUGAUACCAUUUCUUAAGCUAGAUGGUUUGUGAGUAUCUACCAUGGUAAGGUAAUGUUUUGUAAGUGUCUUUUGUAUAGUUUUAAAACUCAACACUCAUGAACUCUGUGUUCAGAGUAGUGGAUGUCUUUUCAGCAGUUUAAAGUUGGGGGAGUAUAAGUCUGGCUGGAUCUGUUUUGAUCUAGAGAAAAAAAUUAACCAUAUGCUUGUAGGACACACCUAGAAUAUCUGGUAUGAAGAA